AUGUCAGAACUCAGAAAGAGGCAAACUCGGUCCCGGACGCCAGUCCAGACAAAGGUUACAUCGCCAGAGCCGAAAAGCAAUGGAUCAGCGCAGAAUGUAAAAGCGGCAACCAGCUUUUCGACACUCCUCUUGCUCGUCUCCUGCGCGCUCUCAGCUGCUUGGUGGCUCACUGUAAACCCGCGCGACUUGCCAGAGUCCUAUGCGGUCUGCUCGCGCUCUGGUUCCCACAUCUAUACUGUAGAUCGCAACAACUCUGUAGCCCAGUGCCUCGUGGUACAAGACUCAGUAAUAGCGGACACGGGCUAUUUGACUCGUUGGAAACAGCGACACGCCGAACCGCUCCACGUCCGAUAUCUCGAGGAAGGCUCGGUUAUCGUACCUGGACUAAUGGAUUCCCAUGCGCAUAUACUUGAAUACGGCGCCAACGCUCAAUUGCCCCUUGAGGGUGCAAAGACAGUCGAAGACACGGUGGCUAUUGUCAGGAACUACAUUCUUGCACAUCCUGAUAUUAUCGGUGACAAAACGAAGAUAAUUGAAGGGUGGGGCUGGGAUCACACGCAGUGGCCCGUUCAAGAAUGGCCAACAGCUGAUGCGCUUGACGCUGACCCAAUUAUUCACGGACGCCCAGUCCUCCUUCACAGCAAAGAUGGUCACGCUAUGUGGAUUUCGAACGCCGCGAUGGCCGCAGGUCUUCCCUAUCCAGAUGAGGUAGAAGGUGGAAUCAUUGUUCGUGACGGAGACGGGAGGCCGACAGGAACUUUGCUUGACAAUGCCCACGAAUUGGCUCCGAAGCCUACGCUUAGUGAACAAGAUCUAUCGCGCCGGCUUGAAGCCACCAUCAAAGAUGCUGUUGCACGAGGACUUACGUGCGUCCACGAUGCGGGUUUCAACCCCAUUUCUCUAGACUUUAUGCAUCGGCAAUCAUUUUCAAGUCCAUUACAGAUUCGGAUCUACGGAAUGACGCGCUUUGAAGAACACCGUGGUUAUUGGGGCAAUACAACAAAGCCUAUCCUUAAUGCUGCCAGUGGGCACUUCACCGCUCGCAGUGUUAAAAUCUUUGCGGACGGUGAGAGACUGACACUUCUGUCGCAGCUGCAUGACACAUAUCACGACAACGUUCACACCAAGGGGUUCAUGCGCAUUGACCCGGAGCUUCUGAACGAUAUUAUCCCUCGUUAUCUCGCGGACGGUUGGCAAGUAAACGUCCAUGCGAUUGGUGAUUAUGCCAACGGCAUUGUUCUUGAUGCGUUUGAAAAAGCGCUUGUUGGGGUUGAUGUCAGCGCCAUGAGGCCACGACUAGAACAUGCCCAGAUUUUGACACAAGAGGAUAUGCAACGGAUCGGAAGGCUUGGAGUGAUUGCUAGCGUGCAACCGACUCAUGCCAUCAGUGAUAUGUGGUUUGGCGAAGAACGGCUCGGUCCCGAGCGUGUGAAAGGACUAUAUGCUUUCCGUUCGAUUCUGGACAACGGAGCAAGACUUGCCCUUGGGUCUGAUUUUCCUGUUGAAGACAUGAACCCGUUGUCUGGUUUCUAUGCCGCUGUUACCAGACUUUCUCCAGAUGGAAAGUCCCCUCAUGGCACAAGUGGAUGGUUCCCAGAACAGCGCUUGACGCGAGAAGAGGCUCUGAGAGGAAUGACCAUAGACUCGGCGUAUGCUUCUUUUACGGAAGACAGACUGGGAUCCAUUGUCCCUGGAAAACUUGCAGACUACGUUGUUCUUUCUCGUAAUAUCAUGGAGAUACCCUACGAUGAAAUACUCGCAACUAAAGUCCAGGCAACAGUUGUCGAUGGUAGGCCUGUUUACGGUACUUUGUGA